AUGUUGCAAAACUUCAGCAGGUGCGUUCAGUUCGUUCGUUUCAACGCGCGCAGUUUUAGUUUGAGAAUGAGCCCGCUACCAGACGUUAAAAAUUUACCAGUACUGCACAGUACGCUGGAACAAGCCAAAAGGUUUGCAGCUUACAGAGCAGUGGAUGAAAAUUUGGACUACGCUAACCACCGCGUGAUUGGCGUGGGAAGUGGGUCCACAGUGAUCUACGUGGCAGAACGUCUGGGCCAGUACCUUUUGGACCCUAAAUUCUCGAUCUAUGCGUCCCAGUUUGUAUGCAUUCCCACUGGAUUUCAAUCCAAAGAGCUCAUCUUGACAAAUGGACUUAGACUGGGGUCUAUCGAACAAUAUCCGGCUUUAGACAUCGUUUUCGAUGGGGCUGACGAAGUGGAUGUGAACUUGCAGCUCAUCAAGGGUGGAGGUGGAUGUCUGUUCCAGGAAAAACUGGUGAGCACUUCUGCUGCCAAAUUCAUCGUGGUGGCCGAUUACCGUAAAAGAUCUCCCAAAUAUCUAGGUACCAACUGGGUCAAAGGUGUUCCGAUCGAAGUUGUACCCUCCGGCUACAUUCGUGUCUUAAAUGACUUGAAGUGCAAAUUAAAGUGCAAAAACGCCGUUCUCAGGCAAGGUGCCCCCGCAAAGGCUGGACCAGUGGUCACCGACAACUGUAAUUUCAUCAUUGACGCGGACUUCGGAGAAAUCGAGCAUCCUGAAAAUCUGCACAGGGACAUCAAGAUGUUGGUCGGCGUGGUCGAGACGGGUCUAUUCAUCGACAACGCUCAAAAAGCUUACUUCGGGAACCCAGACGGAUCUGUCGAGCUACAAGUUUGA